AUGGAUAUUCAUGUUCUUCAAAGCCAGCCCGCCCAGAAGGUCGCGUUUAAAGACUCUUCCACGGUUCGUGUGGGUAAUAAACUUGUUCGCAAUAAGCCACCCACCCAGCCCUCUGCUAUGCGACCCAAGCGUAAUUCAAACGCUGUAAAAAGUAAUGGACAGACUGCAAGUGAAGCGGGAGUUGUUGUUCCACCCGCCCAACCCACGAGUUGUCAUUUGGUCCGCGGCGGGUUCCAGCCGCGCCUUCCGACUUCGCUGCCGCCCCCAGGGCAGCAGCAGCAGCCGUCGCCGCUACCACGCCGACAGCCCGUCCCGUUGAUGCCCCCCGCGCAGCUUCAUACGGGAGCGCCCCGGGUGGUCGCUCCGGCGCCUGCGGUCCCUCUUCAGUCGCCACCGCCUUCGGAGCUGAUGGACGUCGACCCCUCAGCCGAGCCGCCUUCCCAAGCGGUGGCUGUGCAGCCUGUACUGCAGCCGCUUUCCUUGGGCACCCCCAAGGAGUCUGACACCGCAGCGCCUUGUCCGGCGCCCACUCAGCAGCCGUCGACGCAGCGUCAGGAGACGCUGCCUCUCUUCGUGGGUCCCAACGCCCCGUCGCGUCCAGUACCAGAAGCUGCGCCCGUGGUCACAGGCGUGCACCCUGACCUCGAUUUUCAGUCGGUGUUUCCCGAGGCCCCGCGCAGCCAAUGCUGGGGUGCGGACCGGGGACUGCCACCGACAACAGUCUCCGCCCCGGUCUCUUCUGCUACGUCUGCGGCCAGACCCCUCCCCCGCCGUCGACGCUCGCCACGUCAUUAUUCAACGACGGUGCGGCGAUUUGGGGGGGGAGGAGUGUUAUAUCCUAGCCAGUAA